CCUCUUACCUUUUACCACAACAACACGGACACGCCGCAGCCGCCAUUAUUUUCAACUACACCGUCGCCCGCCGAUGUCAUAUCGCUAGUCGCCGCUGAGUGUGUUGGUUUUUUUUGAUUAAUUUUUGUUCUACUGACUCGCUACACAUUUCUGGACAUUUAAAAUGACGACCGAUGAGAGAUACGAAGUUAAUGAUUUAGUUUGGGCCAAGAUGAAAGGCUUUCCGCCGUGGCCAGGACGUGUAAGCGAGCCAACUGUUCAACUUACUAAAAAACAAAAGAAAAAUUGUAAAUGGAUUUUCUUUUAUGGAUCUAAUAAUUAUGCUUGGAUUGAACUGGGAUGUCUAAAACCAUAUUUUCAAUUUAAAGAUACUUUAACCUAUAGUCAUAAGGGUCAAUCGUUCAAAGAUGCUUGUAAGGCUAUUGAAGAAUACAUUUCAGAGAAUAAUUCCAAUGAAGGGAUGAGAAAUGGAUUAUCUGAUACUGAGUCACGAUUUGAGAAUUUAGUUCAAACCGAAACUCCUAUUUACCGACCACCUGAAAAAACUAAAAAAACAUCUAACGCACGCAAUGCAUCAGUAUCACAAAAUCCUGUAAAAGCUAAGAAGAGACCAUCCAAACCAGUUGGAUCUACCUCUAAUGGGCCAAAGAAGGAUAAACCUAAAAAACCCCGUUUAAACUUAAGAGUGGGCCAAUCGAGUAGUAUUCCUGAAGUACUUUCAAAUGUUGGAUUAUUAAAUAACCAGAAUAACCAUUCAAGUCCAAUUCGAAAGAAUAAUACUUUAUUAGACAGACCUGAAGUUGUAAUGCCGGAAGUCGAACAGAUAGAUAUUUCAACAAUAUCUAAAUCAUUACAGAAUAAGGAGAUCUCAGCAUCACCGUUGACAUUUGGAUUCAUUGGUUUGGGCAAUAUGGGUUCAGGAAUUGUCAAAAACUUAUUGGAGUCUGGGCAUAAAGUAGUUCUUUGGAAUCGAACUCCAGAUAAGUGUGAAAAGUUUGAAGAAUUUGGAGCCAUUGUUGCAUUAACUCCAUCUGAUGUUGUUGGAGGAGCAGAUAUAACAUUUUCGUGUGUUUCUGACCCACAAGUUGCUAAAGAUAUGGUAUUUGGAAAUUGUGGUGUACUUCCUGAAAUAACUAAAGAUAAAGGAUUCGUUGAAAUGACUGGUAUUGAUCCAGAUACAUCUCAAGACAUUUGUGAGGCUAUUUUGAACAGAGGAGGCCGUUAUUUAGAGGCUAUGAUUCAGGGAAGUAAAAAGGAUGCAGAAGAAGGGAAUUUAAUAUGUAUUGCAGCUGGCGAUAAGUCUUUGUUCGAUGAUUGUAAAUCAUCAUUUGAUGCGAUUUCCGCUAGUGCAACUCUUAUUGGUGAUGUUGGAGUAGCCUCAAAAUUGAAUUUGAUUUUACACUCGAUUAAAGCAGUAUCUCUAGCAGGAUUAGCUGAAGGUAUGGCUCUGGCUGAUAGAGCUAAUAUACCGCAAAAUAAAGUUUUGGAGUAUCUACAAAAGACUUCAUUAAAUUGUCCAUUGUUAAUAGAAAAAGGAAAAGCUAUGAUGGAGAAUAAUUUUCAAACAAAUCAAGCUUUAAAACAUAUUCAAAAGGACUUAAAUUUAUCAUUAAACUGGUCCGAUGUUUUGGAACAACCUUGUCCGGUUAUGGCCAAUGUAAACGAAGUUUUUAAACAUGCAAAACGUUUGGGUUAUAGCGAUCAUGAUACUAGUGCUGUAUAUAUCCGAACUAAAUUUUGAUUUUUAAAACUUAUUCAUAAUCUUAAUUUUUUUCCUUUUUUUUUUUUUUUUUUUUUUUGACAUUAAUGACAUUUAGCUGAUGAAUUUUUUUACAUAACAAAUUAUUUUGUUGGAAAUAUAGAUGAAUAAUAACUAUUAUUUUUACUUAAAAAAGAAGAAAAAAAAUUGUAAAUAAUUAGAAUUGUGAAUAUUAUUUUGCAUCCAUCCCAUUUAUCUUAUAUUAUAAACGUAUUUUUAAAAAUAAAUGAUUAUAAUUGUAUGGAAAAAUAAGUAAAUUAAUAUAUUAUACAUGUAUAUAUAUUUAUGUAUGUCUUGUUUGUAUUGUAUAAAUACAUAUAAAUAUAUAUGUAAAUGUAUCUAUAUGUACAUUAUUACAUAUUAUAUAUAAUUUAAAAGUAAUAACCAUUUUACUUGUUUUUUUUUUUUUUCAAUUAAUAAUUGUUUGAAUAGAUGGUUGAUAACAUUAUUUUAUGUGGGCAACUGUGUUACACAAAGAUUUAAUUUAAAAUCAUACUUGGGUUAAGUGAUUAAUGAAUAUAUAUUAAAUGUUAACUUCUAGUAAGUUAUAUAAAAUUUAAUUUUAGAAUAUUACAUUACAAAAUUGAAUAAUUAUAAUUUGUAUACUUGUAAUUUGUACAUAUAUUAAUAGUAAUUUAAUUACUUUAAAUUAGUUGUAAUAAGUUGGUUAAGACUUAUAAAUCAUUUUAUUUAAAAUUUUUUUUGGUUUGGCUAUCUGCAUAGUUUCAUUUUAGAAAAAUAUAAAUGGUUUUGUCUUAGGUAUACAUAAUUAAUUAUUCUUAUAAUUUAAUGUUAAUUUUUUUUUUCGACAUUAAGUAGCUUUAAAAUAGUUUUUAAUACUUAGGUAUGUGUAUUCAAAAUUUUUACUUGCUUAUUAAUUAUAUAUAUAUAUAUUUUUUUUUUGAAGCUUAAUAUUCAAUUUGAACCAAUAGAUAUCUCAUUUUGUUAUUAAAAAUAAUAAACAACUCUUUAAUUUCAUACAUCAAUAUUUUUAUACCACCAUAAAAAAUUUGUUUUUUAAACAAAUAAAUCACACAUAAUAACUUGUUCUAACAAAUUUAAUAUUAGUUUAUUAUAAUUUUUUCUUGCGCUACUUUUAUAUAUAUAUAUAUAUGUAUUCAAUCAUAAUUCACAUAACUAAAUGUAAAUCAGUAAAAUUAAAAUAAUUAUUUUUUGAUUUUUAAAAUUUUAGUUAAUUUGAAACAACACAUUUUAAAUACCUUUGUUAAGUUACUUUAAUAUAUAAUAAUAAUAUUAUUUACAGAAAAACUUUUUAUGUUGGUUUAUAUAUACCUAAUA